UCCAGCCCCUUCCCUGUCCCGGGAGGCCGCCGCGCCGCGCCAGCCGCGCGGAUCGAGCCCUUCCCGGGCUCCACAGAACGGCUCUGGACGUGAGACCCCCCGGCAGCCUCCGGCAAGGAGCGGCGGGGGUCCUGUCGCCCCGUGCAAAGAAAGGUAAACCGGGACUGAAGGACUGAAGGAUUCUUCCCUGCUGAGCUUCCUUCCACACAGAGACCACUUUCCCCAGGACAGGAGUGACUUCCCUGCUGACCCUCCUCAUAGAGACCACUUUCCCCAGGACAGCUCUUGCUUCCAGAACCUGGCACCUCAACCCUUACCUCUACAUGGUUGCAGAAUCCCCCUGCUGUGGAUGUCCUUUGUAUUCCCUUUGAGGGACUCCUAGCCCUUCCCCAGGCUGAGAUCCGGACUAUCCGUCAGCCCUGGAGAGAACAGCUCCAGGCUAGCUGCUUUCUUAGGCCUACCUUUGAAGGACACAUUCCCCUGCUUAUGAGCAGCUUCUGGACAGACUGAAUGGAAGCCUGAAGUGGCUGACAGACCAAGGGAUCUACCUAGCUGACCCACUGCAUGGGGUUCCACUACACAGAAGAAAAGCAAGUCAGUGAGGUGGAAGCUUGAUACACGCUCCAGAAGGACGUCUUCCUGCUAGCCAGCCAUUUCCCACCUCAGGCUCAGCACUCUCUUGUGGCUCUGAGGCUUUGAGAAGGGAAGAGUGGUACAGCUUCUGAAGCAAUAGCUGGUUUGGGUCCUGAGUUGAGGGCUAUCAUAUCAUACCAGAAUCACAUCUCUACCAACGUCCAUCAAACUUCUAGAAGAGUGAAACCCCAGGCAAGAGUGAAACCUCAGGCAACCCUUCCUGGUCAAACACUCAGUGUCUAAGACCAUGACCUUAGGGAUCUUCAGAAGGGGCCUUUUUAUGCUGUUGGUGGCCUUAGGCCUAACCAGGGGAGACUUGGUGAAGCCCUCCAAGCUGGUGAACUGCAUCUGUGAGAACCCGCACUGCAAGAAGCCAGUCUGCCAGGGUGCGUGGUGCACGGUGGUUCUGGUUCGAGAGCAAGGCAGGCACCCCCAGGUCUCUCGGGGCUGCGGAAGUCAGAACCAGGAGCUCUGCUUGGGUCGUCCCACGGAGUUUGUGAACCAUCACUGCUGCUAUAGAUCCUUCUGCAACCAAAACGUGUCCCUGAGGCUGGAGGCCACCCAAAUUCCUUCAGAGGAGCCAAAAGGAGAUACCCAUCUGCCUCUGAUCCUGGGUCCUAUACUGGCCUUGCUGGUCCUGGUGGCCCUGGGCGCUCUGGGCUUGUGGCAUGUCCGGCGAAGGCAGGAGAAGCAGCGGGGUCUGCACAGUGACCUGGGAGAGUCCAGUCUCAUCCUGAAGGCAUCUGACCAGGGAGACAGCAUGUUGGGGGACUUCCUGGACAGCGACUGUACCACGGGCAGCGGCUCCGGGCUCCCCUUCUUGGUGCAGAGGACAGUAGCAAGGCAGGUCGCGCUGGUGGAGUGUGUGGGAAAGGGCCGAUAUGGUGAGGUGUGGCGCGGUUCGUGGCAUGGCGAGAGUGUGGCUGUCAAGAUUUUCUCCUCCCGAGACGAGCAGUCCUGGUUCCGGGAGACGGAGAUCUACAACACAGUUCUGCUUAGACACGACAACAUCCUAGGCUUCAUCGCCUCCGACAUGACCUCGCGGAACUCCAGCACGCAGCUGUGGCUCAUCACCCACUACCACGAACACGGCUCCCUCUAUGACUUUCUGCAGAGGCAGACGCUGGAGCCCCAGUUGGCCUUGAGGCUAGCUGUGUCCGCGGCCUGUGGCCUGGCCCACCUACACGUCGAGAUCUUUGGCACUCAAGGCAAACCAGCCAUCGCCCAUCGUGACCUCAAGAGUCGCAAUGUGCUGGUCAAGAGCAACUUGCAGUGUUGCAUCGCAGACCUGGGACUGGCUGUGAUGCACUCACAAAGCAGCGAUUACCUGGACAUCGGCAACAACCCCCGAGUGGGUACCAAGAGAUACAUGGCACCGGAAGUGCUAGAUGAGCAGAUCCGCACAGACUGCUUUGAGUCGUACAAGUGGACAGACAUCUGGGCCUUCGGCCUAGUGCUGUGGGAGAUUGCCCGGCGGACCAUCAUCAAUGGCAUUGUGGAGGAUUACAGGCCACCCUUCUAUGACAUGGUACCCAAUGACCCCAGUUUUGAGGACAUGAAAAAGGUGGUGUGUGUUGACCAGCAAACCCCCACCAUUCCUAACCGGCUGGCUGCAGAUCCGGUCCUCUCCGGGCUGGCCCAGAUGAUGCGAGAGUGCUGGUACCCCAACCCCACCGCUCGCCUCACUGCACUGCGCAUAAAGAAGACAUUACAGAAGCUCAGCCACAAUCCAGAGAAGCCCAAAGGGAUUCACUAGCCCAGGGUCACCGGACUUUUCUCUGCCUAAAGUAUGUGCUGGGGCAGAAGAUGCAGCCUGCCUGGGCAGAGGUAGCAGCGUGAGUGUAGAGAGGUAGGGCGGCACACCCUGCCCUAUGUGCCCUGCUCAGCUUGCCUCCCCUCCUCCCCCCAGCCCAUACAGCCAAAAAUACAGCUGGGCUGAAAUUCAAUCUGCCUCCGUCUGGCCUGCCCAAAGUGGCUGGCUCUCUGACGCCUGGCUGGUUUCCCCAUCCCCAAGGCCAGCAGGGUACACCCCCUACCACUCCCGGGACAGAGUGGCCAAGCCGGGGAAUCCUGGGCCGGGAUCCUGGGCUUUCACUCCCCUGUACCCUUGGUCAACCUUACUGCUCCAUCAGAGCUGCCAGGAUGAUGCAGGGCCCUGUCCAGCUUCUGUAGACAUUCCACCUGCUGGGGCUCGGCCAGAGGGGCACUCGGCAGCCUCGGUGUCUCUCUGUGGGUGUUUAUUGCUUCUGUGAUGCCUUUCAGUUGUCCUGACUAGACCCCCUGGCUAGUGAGUGCUAGUCUCUUGGGACAGGCGGCACCUGACCUUCUGUCCCCUUACCGUCUCAGCUGACUCAGCAGGGCAUCAAAACCCAAGAGUCCUCUGAGGAGAAGGCCAAGCACAGUGUAAGGGACCCAGAGCAGCUCCCGUUGACAGGAGAGGUAUUCACCAUCUGACGAUUUUAGGUUUUGUCCUGAAGUCCUUUGAGGUGUCUCAGACCCCGAUUUUCUUGGAACCUCAUGCGGUGUGGAAGCUAAGUCUUGUCUACUGCACCCCUUCCCUAUCACCUGAGUCAAGCCGGCAUUUGUAAAUAUCCACCAGGGUCCAGGAUGGCCUAAAGCGCCCACCCCCUGGGUUGAUCUCCAGGCCCCAGCUCUUGCCUAUAACUAGCUAGCGGCCAUCCUGGGACCUGGGCAGCACAGGAACGUCUGACUUCCUCUGUGGCUUGGCUUCUGCCCAGGGCUCAGGGGUGGCUUCCUUUGGGGUCUCCAAGACUGAAAGAAAUUUGUCCCCUGUCAAGAAGCCUCGCAAUCAGGGUUCUGCUUCCUACUGCGUGUGGCUCUCUGGCCAAAGCCCACACACACCCUGGGCCAGGCCCCAGAAAGUGUGCCUUGGGAAAACUUAGCCUAGAGAAACCCCGAGAGUCUCGCAUUUAGAAAUGGGAAGGGUACGCCCAUGAUCUGAACAAGUGAAACCGAAGCCGGGUUUGAUGGACUGAAGAGAAGCGGACUGUAGGCAAGGCUUGGGGAGGGUGAAGGAUGGCUCAGGCAAGGGACAAAAUCAGCCUCCUUCUUGGAAAGACCUGCUCUAGAAACUGCUGGCUGUUGAAGGGAGAAACGGCGUCAACUCAUCCUGCUCCACACAUGCGCAGACCCCUUGAGUUCCUCCGGUGUGUCCUCCCACCUCUCCAUCUCUGUUCUCUCUCUCAAGCCUGCCUCUCAGCAGUGCGCAAGGACUAAGGAGAACCAGGAAGUGAAAGGAGAUGGAAACAGAAGUAGACCGGCCUGUCCCCAACCAGUGGGGCAAAGUCUGAUGGUUCUCCGGUCACUGGAGCCAGGGAACCGCUUUCUUGCCUGAAGGAUUUCAUUUCUACUGAACUUGGGAACAAAUUCAUCCUCAGACUCCACAGCCAGAAAUGGAAGACAGUAGUAGUUCCUCCAAAGUAGAGGGGGGUUGAACGGCUGGAGAUGUGGCAAAGAACGUGGCCCUCUAGAGACAACUAUCUCCAAAUGCUUCUGAGAGCAGGUGUGCAAAUGGAACCACACAGCUUAUGGGAGCACUUAGCCCGUGACAGGCGCGUAGUAGGUCUUCAAUAAACCAUAUUUGACCA